GCUGUGGGCUCAACUUCAACACUUCACUCAACUGGGAGAAUCUGUGAUUCCUCUCCAGUGCGCAGAUAAAGGUCUUAUCACACAUUUCCUGCGACAGUGGCAGAACUUUGACCCGGUGAGAAAACCUCUCUCACUAGUAGAUUCACCUCAGCUCCGCCUCCUUGUUCAGCAGAACCAAUCAGAAAACAGCCUGUGUCUCUUUGGUCUUGGAAAUUUAAGGAGAGGGUUAGAAAAGCGCUGCUGAAAGAUUUUUCAUCAUGAACCGAGCCUGGGCUGUGUUCAAGGCUCACCCCUACAUCAGUAACGUUGUGGGAUACACAACUCUGUUUGCCUCUGCUGACGUGAUACAGCAGAGCGUGCUCGGUGGGAAACAUGCAGCAGGAGCCACAUCAGAUGGUUCAGCUGGCAUCGACUGGUGUCAGACGGCUCGAGUGGCGACCGUUGGUUUCUGUUUCCAUGCCAACUUCAAUUACCACUGGCUCAGGUGGCUGGAGAGGAUGCUGCCGGGGGGCGGAGUGAAGGCGGUGACAGGGAAAGUUGUGGUGGAUCAGCUGGUCGCAGCACCUCUCACCAUCAGUGCUUUUUAUAUUGGUUUAAGUUUACUAGAAAAGAAAGAGGACCCACUUGAAGACUGGAGACAGAAAUUCUGGACAUCUUACAAGGCUGGAGUUGUAUUUUGGUCAACAAUGCAGGGAGUGAACUUUGCCCUGGUUCCCCCUGUGGCACGGACAGUGUUUCUGGGAGGCAUCGCACUGACUUUCACAGUCUUCCUGUGCCACCUCAGACAGCAGCGCGGUCACAAACUUGAAUAAACCCUUGAUCCUCAGCUCCAUCAUGCAAGUCUUUUGUAAACCAGCAACAUUAGAUGAGUCUUACUUACACAGAAUUCAGUUGCAGAGUCAAUAGAUUUAAUGAGGAAACUGGGGAGGAUUCCUACUGUAAAGGUCACAUCUCUGUGAAUCAGAUGAUGAGGGUGUGUGACGGGUUUCUAUCUCAUUUCAACUUCCUGUACUGAAUGCAAAUGUAAAUUAUGAUGCAAUAGUGUCUGGGUUAAAUCCUGCUGAUACGCUUGAUAUGUUGGCGUGACACCCAUCACACUGUUUCAGUAUCUCAUACUGGACUAUGUUUGUGGUUGCUGUCAUACAUUUUUUAAUAAAUUACAAAAAAAAAAAAAA